CAUGACUACCGGAAAGUGGCGUCGCGUUGCUGCACCUGCGCUCCAGCGCUCCUCGCACAGCCUCAACGUCGUGGGCGGCAAAGCCUACAUCUUUGGCGGCGAGCUCGAGUCCCGCACACCCGUCGACAACGCCAUGCACGUCGUCAACCUCGCCACGGGCGACUACGAGAAGAUCGAGGCGGACGGCGCGCCGCCCCUCCGCGUCGGUCACGCGGCCGCAGCCAUUGGCCGGAGCAUCUUCCUGUUCGGUGGACGCGGCGGUCCCGCCAUGGAGCCGCUGGAGGAGCAGGGCGCCGUGUACGAGUUCGACACGGCCGCCCGCUCGUGGCGCAAGCACACGCCGUCGGGCGCCUAUCCCUGCGCGCGCAGCUACCACUGCGCGGCGGGCACGCCGGACAAGAUCGUGGUCCACGCGGGCUGCGGCUCCGGCCCUCGCCUGUCCGACGCGUGGGCCUUCGUCCCCAGCGCUAGCGAAUGGACGCAGCUGCCCGACGCCCCCCGCGCCGGGCGCGGGGGCGCCACACUCUGCUCCGAAGGCGGGGCGCUGUGGCGCUUCGGCGGCUUCAACGGCGUGACCGAGCUCGGCGGGGCCAUCGACACCUUCUCCAAGGAUGCGUGGGCAUCGGCCCGCUUCGGCGAGGAGGUCGGCCUCUCGCGCGACGCUGCGGCCACUCUGCAGCAGAGCAAGGGCACCGGCCCCGGACCCCGCUCCGUCGCGGGCAUGCAUGCCGUCGGCGAGCGCCUUGUCGUCGUCAUGGGCGAGGGCAAGCCGUCCAUCACGGGCGGGCAUGAGGCGGCUGGCAACUUCUGGGACGACGUGUGGACGUACACGCCUUCCAGUGGGGAGUGGGCUGAGGUCGCGAUCGAGGGCGAGAAGCCCAACGCGCGAGGAUGGUUCGCGAGCGACAGCACCGCGGACGGCGUGGUGGUCCACGGCGGCCUCGACGACAGCAACACGCGUCUCUCGGACCUGUGGGUCCUCAGGCUUGAGUAGAUCAAGCUUGAGUAAGUACUUGCCCAUGACGGAAAAGGAGGCGUUGUACAUAGAAUGCAUAUUAUGAGCCCGAUUAUACUACGCCUGCGCGCUGACAUUCUGAACCUGCACCAGCUCAUAGUACUCGCCCUUGAGGGCCAUGAGCUCUGCGUGUGUGCCCUUUUCUACCACUGUGC